AUGUCUUUAGCCAAAAGUCUGGUUCUCAUGACAGAGGAGUCGCCAAAGGAGCUGCCCCACUAUGCCCGGCCCACCUGCGCUUCCAUCCGCAAGUCCAAAACAGGCAGCCCCAGGCCUGAGCGUCCUAAGACAGUACGCACUAGACCCCCCACGGCGAUGGAACUGAAGCUGGGGUCACCAAAAAUGCAGCAGCCGGAAAACAAAUCCUCCAAAAUCCGCCAGGGAGUGUGGAAUCUGUUCAGAAAAUCAUCACAGGAGUCAGAAAAGCCCGCUUCCGGAGAGGAAAACCAGGCACACCAAGGCGAGCCGGGAGAUCUGAAAGAGAAGAUCUUUACAUCCUUUGCACCAAAAACGCCGGCCAAAAAGGAACCCUGCUCCGUUCCAAUUUUUGACGACUACGCAUACCAGAACCCAGAAAUCAUCCAGGUGGCCGACAAUCUCGCCAGGCAGGCCCAGCUGGAAAUAGACCAGAGCGAGAACAUUUAUAGAGGCGGUCCGCUGCAUAAGCUGAACAAGAACGAGUAUUUUGUGCCCCCCGAGGUGCUCUUCAGGUCCGUUGGCGACCGCACAUACAUCCCUGUUGCCGAGUAUCUCGACCUGCUCCACAAGUACGCCAGUCUGUGCAGCCGGCUGAAGCACACCGGCGGCAGUCACGUGACCGGCAAAUGA